UGAAAUAGCUUCGCUUGGUUUUUAUUUUUGAUUAAUUUUUUGUAAUAUUAUCCUAAAAGCAGCAAAGAUCUGAUGGACAAACUAAGCGCAGUGCGCAUUGCGGUCCGCGAGGCGCCGUACCGCCAGUUUCUGGGGCGUCGGGAGCCGAGCGUCGUCGAGUUUCCGCCAUGGAGCGAUGGAAAGUCGCUUGUGGUCGACCAGAACGAGUUCCACUUCGACCACGCCUUCCCGUCGACCGCCGCCCAGGAUGAGAUGUACGCGGCCCUCAUCCUGCCGCUGGUCGAGAAGGUCUUCCAGGGGUUCCAGUGCACGGCCCUGGCCUACGGACAGACUGGAACGGGCAAGAGCUACUCCAUGGGAAUGGCGCCGCCCGAUAAGAUCCAAAAGCCCGAGCAUCUUGGUGUGCUGCCCCGCUGUCUGGCCGACAUUUUGGAACGCGUGACCACCAGACAGGAGAACGAGAAGGAGCCCACCCAGGUGUACGCCUCCUUCGUCGAGAUCUACAACGAGAAGGCCUACGAUCUCCUGGGCUCCUCACCGCACACGCCCUUGCUGGCGGCCCGUUGCCAGCGAUGCACCUGCCUCCCUUUGGCCAGCCAAAGCGAUCUGCAGGACCUGCUGCAAUUGGGCACCGGGAAUCGUCACGUGCGCUCCACCAAGAUGAACUCCAACAGCUCCAGGUCGCAUGCCAUCGUGACCAUACAUGUGAAGAGCAAGGCCAGGCAUUCGAGGCUGAAUAUCGUGGAUCUGGCUGGAUCGGAGGGCGUGCGGCGGACCGGGCACGAGGGCGUGGCCAAGCAGGAGGGAGUCAACAUCAAUCUGGGCCUCCUCAGCAUCAACAAGGUGGUGAUGUCCAUGGCGGCAGGCCGCACCUUGAUUCCCUACCGCGACAGCGUUCUCACCACAGUCCUGCAAGAAUCGCUCACCGCUCAAUCGUAUCUGACCUUCCUGGCCUGCAUCAGUCCGCAUCGAUGCGAUCUUAGCGAGACUUUGGCCACUUUGCGCUUCGGCACCAGCGCCAAGAAGCUCCGGCUGAAUCCGCUGCAAGUGGCGCGCCAGAAGCAAUCGCUGGCCGCACGGACGCCUCACGUCUUCCGCAAAGUGCUGAGCAGUUCGACGGCCAUCAAGCGGCCAAAUGCCGCUGAUCAGAACAGCCUGUGGGUUGCCAAUGCGAAGUCCUGCGUGGCUACUCCCCUAUCCAAUGUCCUCCAGCGAACUCGCUCCGAAUUGGGCCUGACUCCCAAAGCGAAGGCAAGGGCCCGCCAACUUUUGCAGCUGGAGGAGACGACGCUGGAGCCCUCGUCCAUCCACAUCUCGGACAGCAGCCUCAGUCUGGUCGGCUACCAAGCUGAAAGCGGCAGGGACAAGCAACUGAUGCCGCCACCUGGCCCCGCAGUGGGACAACCCAGCAGCCUACACUCCACUGCAGUCAGCAUUGCAGAAGUGGAUGAGCUGGAGGAGCAGCCGCCAGUUAUCCAGUCCGCCACAGUUCGCAGCCAGCUCUUCAGAACGAAUGUCAGUCCGAUUGGACCGCGGGCAUCCAGCAUACUGAAGGAACUCAGCGGUAUUCAGCCAAUGGAGGAGACUUUGGAGCCAGCUCCUGAGAAACCUUGUAUUCUGCGUCGCUCCACGCGUCUAUUGAGCAACCAGAGCCUGCAGAGCUACGGAGUCCUCCCCAAGGUGAUGAAUUUGCGGCGCAGCAUGCGGCUGGCAGAGAGACGGGAAAAUUCCGUUAACGUCUCGGUUAAAAAGGAGGAGGUCAAGCAGCCCAAAAAUGAAAGAAACCGCUCGAGGAACAGAGCUCCUCCUUCAGCGGAAGAUUGGAUGGCCACCAACGAAAGACGCUUCCUUGAGCUGCUCAACAAGGGCAGCGUUAAGGAGCUGCAAAAAAUUCCCGGCAUCGGUCCGAAAACAGCCUAUACUUUGAGCAUAUAUAGAUCUCGUCUGGAGUGCUUUAUAAGUAUAGCACAAAUAAAAUCCCUGCCCAUUUGGCCCGGAAAGAGCUGGGAUAGGAUUAGCCAAGCGAACUGUCUGGAAAUUUGAUUAGUAUUUAAAUAUUUAACGUUUUAUGUUUAGUUUUUCAGUCUUAAUUUUUUUUUUGUUUUAUGAUUUACAAAAUCUCCGAUUUUAAGUAGGAAACAUGAAGGAGCCGGUUAUCCGAAUACCUAUGUACUUGCAAUAUUUCUUAACAUGUUUAUUUUUUGUUGUUUUUGACUUUUUAUCAUUCGAUGUAAACUAGAUUACUGCUAAAUUAAGCUUCUCCAUGUAAUCAGUAGAAAUAAUUAUAAAAUGUGAAACCAGUUGAUUUUGACUCUAUCAUUCGAUGUAAACUGGAUUACUGCUAAAUUAAGCUUCUAAAUGUAAACCAGUAAAAAUAAAUAUAUAAUGUGACAUCA